UCAGACACUGCCAACCCCUCUGCCCACAAACACACCACUGGAACUGGGAGCCUUUGAAAGUAGCCUGGGAAGGGGCUUCGGGUAUCACCGCCUGCUGCUUAGCAAGGAAACAAGAUCUCCCAUCGCCUCCUCUUCCCUCUUCUGCUUCAGCCCCCUUGACAAUUCUGGCUAUUGCUUUGCAAGUGGUCUGUUCGGUGGCCAGGCAUUGACUCCCCAAACGAUGAGUCUUCCUCUGAAGCCGGGCUGGAGCUCUGGAUUCCUCCAGAGGGUCACGAUCCCCACUCAUUGCUCCCAAAGGGCCCGCCAGGCAAAGCACCUAGAAAGUCGGACCCUUCCUGAUCCGAUGAGAGGGUGGGGAGGGGAAGGAGGUGCGAGGCCAUCCUGCUUUACCGGGGCAAAGGGCUGGAAGCCUCUGAAUAGUCUCUCCCAAGGGGAAGGAAGCGCUCUCCUAUCUUAAUCAUAGUAAUCAUCGCCGUUCCAAUUUACUGGGUGCCCUUAGGAGACCAGCCACUUCACAGACAUGAUCUCAUUGAAUCCUCAUGGCAAACACCUGGGACUGUUAUUAUCCCCAUUUACAGAUGAAGAAACUGAAUCUUUGAACCCAGGUCACUCUGGCUCCAAAGCUUGUGCUGUUUACCUUAUGCCACUCAGUCUCUCACUUCUCCCAUUGAAGUGUCUCACAUGCCAUUGCUCUUAUUCUCUUCUGCCCAUGUCUUCUCUGAAACAGCAUUUAUUGAUUCACUCAGCAAGCAUUUGUUGGGUGCAUAUUAAGUGCCCAGGCAAGGGCCUGGGCACAGACACUGUGGGCAGCCUCAUUCCCCCACUUCCCUGCCCGUUGGGUAGCAUCCGUGGGGUUUUGCCAGACACUCAGCCCAAGCUUACAGGUCCUGGUGGGCCUCAGGGUCCUGCGACCCCCCGAGUGGAAUGCACCAGCCUGACCUUCAUCCACCUGGGCACAGUCUCAUCCACAACAGCAACUCGCGUUUGCAUCACUCUUGACAUUUUACACAAGGCUUUCCUGUCCAUUUAUUCAUUUGAUCCUCAAAAAACCUUGUGAGGUGGCUAUGGUACCCCAGUUUUACUGAUGAGGAAUCUGAGGUUCAGAAAGGCAAUGCUGCCCCUUCCACCUCACCAGUAAAGCCAGCACUAGAACCCAGAUUUCUGGGCCCUUAGUUAAUGCAUUUUCCACCUCUUCCCCGGUAUUCUCUUCUACAAAAGGCAUCAACCAGCCUGCUCCCCUCUGAUAACCUCUCAUUCACCCAGGUUCUCCCCUAGGAAGCCAGUGGGGGAGCAUCCUGAGACCCCCGUGUGGUUUCUCACUCUUAACUCCAUCUUGAAUCUUUUGCCAAACUGGCCACGGCCAUCCCACACUCCCCACCUCGCAGACGUAAUCUCCCUCUAAGCCUGUCCCUUCUCUUUCUUCACCCUCCUUCUUCCUCUGAGGUCCUCCAGGUGGGCUUCUCCCAGCUCUGGGGGGCAGGGGACAGGAGAGCGGACCAGCAGUUUGAGGAUGGAGGAGGGAAAGAUCCCUGCAGGGAGCUCCUCUGGGCCUCAGGGGCCCUGGCACUUAGUCCUGCCCUGCUCAGCUCCUGGAACGCCAGCAAGGUUGCACAAAAAGCUGGGAAGAGAGGCACCAGUACACAAGGGUGGAGGAAAGCUUAGACACAGGAAGCCGCGGGAGAGCCAGCCGCUGCAGACCACCUUGAUUUCCCCAAACACACCAUUGUCCCCCUGGGGAAAUCUGUUGGUGAAGUCCUAGGUGGUUCCUUUAAGAAGGGUCCUCUUGAGCGAGGGUGAUGGUGAUGUAACAGGUGUGGAGUGCCAGCCACGUGCUGGGCGCCAAGCAAAACAGCCAGGGUGAGUGUAUGCAUCAUCCGUGCCUGGGAGGCAAGGCCACCAAAAGAAGUGAGUCUGGUGGAAAGACUUGAAAGAGGGAAGGGAGGCACCUUGCUGGCUGGGGGCGGGGAAGACAGAAUAAAAGUCUGCUGAGCUAGGAUUAGAGAGAGAAGGCCCAGGCAGGCGCUGGGAAGGGAUGCCCCUCGUUCUUCCCUACUCUGCUUCUCCCAAAGCUUGUAAAUGCCCCAGACAUGAGCCAGCCCAGGCCCCGCUACGUGGUAGACAGAGCUACCUACUCCCUCACCCUCUUCGAUGAUGAGUUUGAGAAGAAGGAUCGGACGUACCCACUGGGAGAAAAACUUCGCAAUGCCUUCAGAUGUUCCUCGGCCAAGAUCAAAACCGCACUGUUCGGGCUGUUCCCCGUGCUCUCUUGGCUCCCCAAGUACAAGAUCAAAGAUUACAUCGUCCCUGACCUUCUGGGCGGCAUCAGCGGUGGAUCCAUCCAGGUCCCACAAGGCAUGGCAUUUGCUCUGCUGGCCAACCUUCCUGCUGUCAACGGCCUCUACUCCUCCUUCUUCCCCCUCCUGACCUACUUCUUCCUGGGGGGUAUCCACCAGAUGGUGCCAGGUACAUUUGCCGUUAUCAGCAUCCUGGUGGGUAACAUCUGUCUGCAGCUGGCCCCAGAGUCGAAAUUCCGGGUCUUCAACAAUGCCACCAAUGAGAGCCAUGUGGACACAGUGGCCAUGGAGGCCGAGAGGCUGCACGUGUCGGCAACGCUAGCCUGCCUGACUGCCGUCAUCCAGAUGGGCCUGGGCUUUGUGCAGUUCGGUUUUGUGGCCAUCUACCUCUCUGAGUCCUUCAUCCGGGGCUUCAUGACAGCCGCUGGCCUGCAGAUCCUGAUCUCCGUGCUCAAGUACAUCUUCGGACUGACCAUCCCCUCCUACACAGGCCCAGGGUCCAUCGUCUUUACCUUCAUUGACAUUUGCAAAAACCUCCCCCACACCAACAUCGCCUCGCUCCUCUUCGCCCUCAUCAGCAGCGUGUUCCUGGUGCUGGUGAAGGAGCUCAACACCCGCUUCAUGCACAAGAUCCGCUUCCCCAUCCCUACAGAAAUGGUCGUGGUAGUGGUGGCAACAGCUAUCUCUGGGGGCUGCAAGAUGCCCAAAAAGUAUCACAUGCAGAUCGUGGGAGAGAUCCAACGAGGGUUCCCCACUCCCGUGUUGCCUGUGGUUUCACAGUGGAAGGACAUGAUUGGCACAGCUUUCUCCCUGGCCAUCGUGGGCUAUGUCAUCAACUUGGCUGUGGGCCGGACUCUGGCCAGCAAGCACGGCUAUGACGUGGAUUCUAACCAGGAGAUGAUCGCCCUGGGCUGCAGCAACUUCUUCGGCUCCUUCUUUAAAAUCCAUGUCAUUUGCUGUGCUCUCUCUGUCACUCUGGCUGUGGAUGGAGCUGGAGGAAAAUCCCAGAUGUCAAGCCUGUGCGUCUCCCUGGUGGUGAUGAUCACGAUGCUGGUCCUGGGGUCCUAUCUCUACCCUCUCCCCAAGGCUGUGCUAGGAGCCCUGAUUGCUGUCAACCUCAAGAACUCCCUCAAGCAACUCGCCGACCCCUACUACCUGUGGAGGAAGAGCAAGCUGGACUGUUGCGUCUGGGUGGUGAGCUUCCUCUCUGCCUUCUUCCUGAGCCUGCCGUAUGGUGUGGCAGUGGGUGUCGGCUUCUCCACCCUGGUUGUGAUCUUCCAGACCCAAUUUCGAAAUGGCUAUACUUUGGCCCAAGUCAUGGACACUGACAUUUAUGUGAAUCCCAAGACCUAUAAUAGGGCCCAGGAAAUCCAAGGGAUAAAGAUCAUCACUUACUGCUCCCCUCUCUACUUUGCCAACUCAGAAAUCUUCAGGCAAAAGGUCACUGCCAAGACAGGUGUGGACCCCCAGAAAGUAUUGCUGGCCAAGCAAAAAUACCUCAAGAGGCAGGAGAAGGGGAGAAGGCUGCCCAUACAACAGAGGAAAUCCCUAUUUAUGAAAAACAAGACUGUCUCCCUGCAGGAGCUUCAGCAGGACUUUGAGAAUGGCUCCCCAACGGACCCCAACAACAACCAGACGCCUGCUAAUGGCGCCAGCGUGUCCUACAUCACCUUCAGCCCUGACAGCUCCACAGCUGCCAGUUGUGAGCCCCCGGCCUCUGCUGAGCCCAGUGACAUCCUGGCCAGCGUCCCACCCUUUGUCACCUUCCACACCCUCAUCUUCGACAUGAGUGGGGUCAGCUUUGUGGAUUUGAUGGGCAUCAAAGCCCUGGCCAAGCUGAGCUCCACCUACGGGAGGAUCGGUGUGAAGGUCUUCUUGGUGAACAUUCAUGCCCAGGUGUACAAUGACAUUAACCAUGGUGGCAUCUUCGAAGAUGGGUGUCUAGAGCGCAACCACGUCUUUCCCAGCAUACACGACGCAGUCCUGUUUGCCCAGGCAAAGGCCAGGGAAGUGGCCCCAGCACGCAGCUUCCAAGGGGCUCCAGUGGACCCCGAGCUCUCUUUGUAUGAUUCGGAGGAGGACAGUCCCAGCUGCUGGGACUUAGAGCAGGAGAUGUUCGGCAGCAUGUUUCACACAGAGACCCUGACCGCCCUGUGAGGGCCCAGCCGGUUCCCAUGCUGCCUGCAGAGCACCUGGUACCUGGGACUCCCAUGAAGGAUGAGCCUGGGAUCAUGGAGAGUGGCGGGUAGAGGAGAACACCUCCACCGGGACUCCAGUACCUCUCCACCCUCCUCCUCCUCUCUCAUUCCCCUCCCGGCAUCCCUAGAGCAAGUCAAUCUCAAUGGCAGGGAGAGACACCUCUUCAUCCUUCUGCUGACCCUCAGGGCCCCAGCCAGCAACAAGCAAGCCUCCUUCUCACUCCACCGCUCCCACCCGCGCCCUGCCUGUGGCAGCUGACAGGACCCCCGACUGCUGGACUUUAAGACUGAGCCAGGAACAGAGAGGAAGCCGUGUGCUGACGUAGAGUGCAAGCUUCGAAAGUGUCCUGGCGCCAGCAUGGCUUGGUGUCCGAUGGUGUCAAGCUGUCACAGGACACAGAGACGAACUUGCUUAGGACUCUGUGGUUGCCCUCUCCAGCUGCCCAGUCUGUCUCUGGCAGCUCUGUACCCCUGGGACCAUGUGCUCCCACAACCCAGGUAUCUCUGUCUUGGUGACUAUGUCCCCUUCUUCCUCAUCUUAAGGCUGCUGAGACCUCCACUACUAUUUAGCACAUCAGACUCUAGCCUGGGGAGUGGCUACCAGAGCUACCUCCCCAGGGGCAGCCCACCAAGGUAGCCACAUCAGCCUCCUGAAACAUUAUCACUCCCCCUGCCCUCAAGGGCUGCUUCCUUCUACUUGAGACCAGGUAGGAAGCCAGAAGGGACAGGGGGGUAGCUGGCAGAAUCCUCUGGCAACCCAGCAACAGAUACUAGUUAUUCUGCACAAAAGCUUUCCCUCUUUGUACUGGAGAUGUGGAGGGGCAGGGGGCGCUAGUACCAAUCCAGGGCCAACUGGUGGGACCUGGGCCUCGACAGUCUCCCUGACCUUAGAAAUGCGUCCCCCCACUUGGGAAAUCUGCCUUGUUCUCUUCAUUUGGCAAAGAGCCAAUGAGUUUAACUCUCCCUUAUCAGCUUGGGGCCUGAAUCGUUCAGCCAGGAAAGGCAGGACACCCCACCAAGGGCAUAUCCCAGCUGGGUACCAAGCAUGGAGAAGUGCUGAUCCAGACUGGGCUUUCCUCCCCAGGGAUUCCUUAACAAACUCAGGACCUGAGGCCAUCUCCUUCCAGGAGAGAUGAGAAGAGGGGUUAAGUUCUCUCUAUAUAUAAGAAGGUAGAGAAACCCCACUGUUGACUUGAAAAUAAAUAGGUUCCAUGUGCAAGUGUUUGAGAAAUUUUCCAUGGAAGUGCACCAAAAACCUUUUGGCCUCUCCCCACUGAUUCUCCCAAGUUCCUUCAAUGAAUGAUCCCUGCCCAACAGGAUGGGCUGGCCCAGCCUGGAAAAAUGUUCGAAUUCCUAACUUCAGCCUGACCUCCACUGUGUGCCUGUGCCUUGAGUGAGCUGGUCAGCUAGCAAGUCUUCGUAGAGUUAAAGGAGGGGGUGCUGGUGAAGAGCCAACAGAUUCUUGGCCUACAAGCAUUGCUUCUUUGUGAAUUCAUUAUGCCAUCUGGCUGCCAAUGGAACUCAAAACUUGGAAGGCAGAAGACAAUGUUAUCUGGGAUUUACCGUGCCCAGCACCCGAAGUGCCAGAUUUCGAGAGGACAAGAACCAUAGCCAAUGAAAACUCACCCUCCCCUGCUCCACCUCCUGCAGAGUCCAGCUCAGGCCCAAGAGGUGUGGGAAGAGCACAGAGCCUCAGGACAUCCCAAGUUAGAGGCGCCUUGUGAACCAAGUGUCUAGAACCCUUGAGGACUUGAUGAAGUGACUGUUAACCCCCAGGCCAGCCCCAGACCAAAAGGUGAUUGCUGACUCACAGUGGCCUGGAGCUGGGGGCUCAAGGAGGGAUCCUGAACCAUGUCCAGGGGUGUAGGUACUCACAGAGACCACAGUGGAUGUAAGAUCGGAAACACCUGGGGUGGAGGGAGGCCUUGAAGAGAACUUCACUGUUAGAAUACUUUGGAAAGAACAUAAAUUCACCCAGACCACUCACUGGACAUGACUGAGGCAGGAAAGGAGAGCAAGAUAGUCAAAUAAUCCAGGAUUUCAAAACUUCUGAAUGUUCUUAGUUAUACUGACCAGCAAUGAUGUGGUUCCUGGAGAAGACCGGGACUCUUGAGAUAUUUGUGUAAUUUAUUUAAUUUAAACACCAUUCUCCUUUUGUUCAUUUUGCUAAUAAAGUGGUUUUGAAAUGUGAACAA